GCAUUCAUAAUAAAAAGUUUUUUUCCGUAUUUUUCAGGCCAUGAAACACCAUUCUCUAUCAAACUGAGCCACGUCCGAGGACUGUCAAGGUCGAAGUCAGGGGACAGAAUUGACACCAUGACAGCAGCAGAUCUAGACUCGCAUGUAGACAACAGUUCUUCAGCUGGCGUCAAAUGUGAAUUCUACCUGAAGCAGAAGAAGUCAACAAAGAAAAAUCAGUUUGAAGAUUCUGCAUUUUCCAAAACAUUGAAGAAAAACAAGAAGUCUCCAAACAUUUUCAACACCCUUUUUCGUAAGAGACGGCCUGCCCAGCAUUUAAUUUUUGGCCUUCCUUUAUCUGAAGUUUGUGAUGAAAACCUGGAUCCUCCUGAAUCUAUUAUUAAACUGAUGGUUCUCGUCUACCAACAAGGGCCACAAACUCCUGGAAUCCUGAGGCGUGGCAACAAAGCAACUCUGAGCAAAGAGAUCAGGGACAAAAUCGACUCUGGGGAGAAGUAUCUUCUGGAGGAUCACAUGGCACCAACAGCAGCUUCAGU